UAUGCCCCGUCCAACGGUACAAAGUUGGGCGGAGAGGUCGAGACAUGUCCACCUCGCCUCCCUCUACUCCUCCCUGCUCUCCAGUCUCCUCCUCUCUGCCGCCAUGGCCGGCGACCCCUCCUCUCCCAACGUCUCACUCCUCUGGCUAAUCAUUGCCCUUCUCCUCGUCGCGCCGUGGCCAGCUUCGAGCUGGAGCGGCCACCGGCCGGAGGUGAUCAUAUCGAGGCACGGUGCAGUGGCCACUGACGAUGGCCGGUGCUCUAGGGUCGGGAGGGACAUCCUCCGGGAGGGCGGCAACGCGGUGGAUGCUGCUGUCGCUGCCGCACUCUGCUUGGGUGUUGUCAGCCCUGCUUCCAGUGGCCUGGGGGGCGGCGCCUUCAUGCUACUGAGGUUGGCGAAUGGGAAAGCCCAGGCCUUUGAUUCCAGGGAGACUGCUCCCUUGUCGGCUUCGCAGAACAUGUAUGCUGGCAAUGCUGCAUUAAAAGCAAGGGGCGCUCUUUCUAUAGCUAUUCCAGGAGAACUUGCAGGUCUCCAUGAAGCCUGGAAGCAACAUGGCAAGCUUCCAUGGAAGAGGGUUGUAAAACCGGCUGCACAAAUUGCUGGUAGAGGCUUCAGAAUAUCUCCUUAUCUGUAUAUACAGAUGCAAAGAACAAAUUCUGGCAUUUUUGCAGAUAAAGGGCUGCAUGACUUGUUUACAUCAAAUGGAAGCCUCUUGCGGCCACAUGAUACUUGUCAUAAUAAAAGGCUUGCACAUACAUUAGAAGUUAUUGCAAACCUUGGACCACAGGCAUUUUAUAAUGGUUCCAUUGGAAUUAACUUAGUUAGAGAUGUUCGGAAGUCUGGAGGCAUAUUAACAAUGAAAGACUUGCAGAAAUAUCAAUUAAAGGUGAAGGAACCUAUCUCUGCAGAUUUCAUGGGGCUAAAGAUUUUGGGCAUGCCACCCCCAUCAUCUGGUGGUCCAGGAAUGAUACUUAUAUUAAAUAUUCUUGCUCAAUAUGGAAUUCCUUCAGGUGUUUCUGGCUCUCUUGGGCUUCAUCGGCUUGUUGAAUCAUUGAAACACAUGUUUGCUGUAAGAAUGAAUCUUGGUGAUCCUGACUUUGUAAAUGUCACAGAAGUUCUCUCUGAUAUGCUUUCCACCAAGUUUGCAGAAAAUUUAAAGAAAACCAUUUUUGACAAUAGGACUUUUGAUCCUAGUCAUUAUGGUGGGAGGUGGAAUAUUGUCCAUGACCAUGGAACCAGUCACUUGUGCAUUGUUGAUAGUGAACGAAAUGCUGUUUCAAUGACCAGCACUGUCAACGCAUACUUUGGAGCACAGUUUCUCUCACCAAGUACUGGAAUAGUGCUUAACAAUGAGAUGGAUGACUUUUCUAUCCCUCAGAAUGCUUCAGCUAAUGUUCCACCACCAGCUCCUGCAAACUUCAUCAGCCCAUUGAAAAGGCCAUUAUCCUCUAUGGCACCUACAAUUGUUCUUAAGGAUGGACAAUUGAGGGCUGUGGUAGGUGCAAGUGGAGGAGCUAUGAUCAUAGCUGGGACUACUGAAGUAUUUUUGAAUCAUUUUGCAAAGAGAAUGGAUCCAUUAUCUUCUGUCAUGGCUCCCCGAACCUAUCAUCAGCUCAUCCCAAAUGUGGUUCAGUAUGAGAAUUGGACAACAGUAACAGGAGACCAUUUUGAACUUCCUGCUACAACAAGAGCAGACUUACAGAAGAAGGGCCAUGUCCUACAGGGCCUAGCCGGCGGUACCAUAUGCCAGUUUAUUGUCCAUAGCCUGGAGAACUCGAAGAUGCAUGAUGGGGUUAAGUUUGGCGAGCUAACUGCUGUAAGUGACCCAAGAAAAGGCGGUCUUCCAGCCGGUUACUGAACUGCUGGUGUGAUUCCCCAAUAAAAUGAACCAAGAAAAAGCUCCAUUCUUUGAUAUUAUUUCUUAUGAUGCUGAGCACUUAAUCUGAUAGCAAAUUGCUUCAAUACAAAGAGCUUCGGCAAAUGUUUCUCUCCAUUAGCAUGCACAAAUAAAAUGAACCAUAAAUUGAAGCUUCUGCAGACAGAAGUAAAUUUGAUGAAUUAUUUGAGGAAUUCAAUACUUGGCUACAUUUGAAGGUCAUCAA